UAAAGUCGUUAUUUUCCAUCUAAUCUCAGAAAAAUUUACCUUCUGAGUUCCUCCCAUUUACAUAAUUUCUUUUUUCCUCUUUUAAAAGUGAAUAAUUUUCUCGGAAAAAAUAUAAAUAAAAAAUGUAUUGCUGAAGCGCGUUUUCUUUGAAAGUCAAAAAAUCGAGAUGCAAGCCAAGUCUUUGUUCAAGUCUCGAACGCUUUUUGGAGUUUACAAAAAAAAAAAAAUCAAACUGGCGAUUAUUCAUAGUCUCGUGUUUUCUUUUAUUUCACAUAUAGAUUUGUAUAUAUAUAUGAGGUUACUAAACGGUUCAGACAAGUCCAGUUCUUGUUCAUAAUCAAAAACUUUGAAGCUAACAGACUUGUUUGAGUUUCUGGGUACUUUUGUUCUUGUGUCAAAAAUUAUAAAUUGUUAAAGCUCUGUUUCAUUUGUUAACGGCUCUUUGUUUCCCAUUUCUGAAUCACUUUCAGUUCUUUAUUGUGUCAAAGCCUUUACUUUUUAUUUCCCAUGUUUUAGCUGAGAGUUGAUCCGGCGGGUCCUGUAACUUAACUUUUUCUUCCUCUUAGUGUGUUAAAUAUUCAAACUUUGCAAAUUUUUGGUUUCUUGGUAUUUUCUUUUCAAAAGGGCGUCGUUGAUUUGUUAGAUUUUCUCUUGGAGGGAGCAAAAUUUGUUGUUUUAUUUUAUUUUAAAUUUUAUACUCUUGUAGCAUUGAGUAAAUGGCCGGCGGUAGAAGGAAAAAGUUGCGUUUGAGUAAAAUCUAUGCAUAUGCAUGUGGAAAGGCAUCUUUGCAAGAAGAUCAUUCACAGAUAGGUAGACCAGGAUUUUCCAGAGUGGUGGACUGUAAUGAGCCUGAUUCUCUAAGAGCUGAAGAAAGAAAAUACGUCAGUAAUUAUGUUAAGACUACCAAGUAUACUAUUGCCACGUUCUUGCCCAAAUCAUUGUUUGAGCAGUUCAGGAGGGUUGCAAAUUUUUACUUCUUGGUUACUGGCAUAUUGGCUUUCACUCCACUUGCUCCUUACACUGCUGUAAGUGCUGUUAUUCCCCUAACGAUUGUGAUUGGAGCAACAAUGGUGAAGGAGGGUAUUGAAGACUGGCAGCGAGCCAAGCAGGAUAUGGAAGUAAAUAAUAGAAAGGUUAAAGUGCAUCAACGUGAUGGCACUUUUGCUUAUACUAGAUGGAGGCAUCUGAGAGUAGGAGAUAUAGUGAAGGUAGAGAAGGAUGAAUUCUUUCCUGCAGAUCUUGUGUUGCUUUCAUCCAAUUAUGAAGAUGCAGUCUGCUAUGUUGAGACAAUGAAUCUUGAUGGAGAGACAAAUUUGAAACUAAAACAAGCAUUGGACGUAACUUCAUCCUUACAUGAGGACUCUGACGUCCGGGAUUUUAAGGCCACCAUUAGAUGUGAAGACCCAAAUGCAAAUUUGUACUCCUUUGUUGGAAGGAUUGAAUUUGAAGAGCAACAACAUCCCCUGAAUCCUCAACAGCUCCUCCUUAGAGACUCAAAACUCAGAAAUACAGACUACAUAUAUGGUGUUGUUAUCUUUACUGGUCAUGAGACAAAGGUUAUGCAAAAUGCUACUGAUCCCCCUUCAAAGAGAAGCAAAAUUGAGAGGAAGAUGGAUCGAGUCAUCUACUUCAUGUUUUUUGCUCUGUUUUUGAUGGCAUUUGUUGGUUCUGUUUUCUUCGGUAUUGCAACUGAUGAAGACUUGGACGGUCAGCAGAUGAAAAGGUGGUAUCUUAGACCUGAUGAUUCCACAAUUUUCUUCGACCCUAAAAAAGUAACAUUGGCAUCAAUAUUUCACCUUUUGACAGCCUUAAUGUUAUAUAAUUAUUUCAUUCCAAUCUCCUUGUAUGUGUCGAUAGAAAUUGUCAAAGUUCUUCAGUGCAUCUUUAUAAAUCAAGAUAUUCAAAUGUACCACGAGGAGUCGGACAAACCAGCACAUGCACGUACCUCAAAUUUGAAUGAGGAACUCGGCCAAGUUCAUACAAUACUUUCUGACAAGACUGGGACGUUAACCUGCAAUUCAAUGGAGUUCAUCAAGUGCUCUGUAGCUGGAACAGCUUAUGGCCGUGGUGUUACAGAGGUUGAGAAAGCUGUGGAAAGAAGAAAAGGUCCACGAUUUGUUAAUGGAAAGUUGAAUGGUGUGAACCACUUCGAGGAUUCUACUGAGUCAAAAUCAUCCAUUAAAGGCUUCAAUUUCCAAGAUGAAAGGAUAAUGAAUGGGAACUGGGUUAAUCAGCCUCAUUCAGAUGUCGUUCAGAAGUUUUUGCGUCUAUUGGCAGUCUGUCAUACUGCCAUACCUGAAGUGAAUGAAAGUACUGGUAUGGUUACAUAUGAAGCUGAAUCACCAGAUGAAGCAGCGUUUGUAGUUGCAGCAAGAGAACUUGGAUUUGAAUUUUACAAAAGGACACAGACAAGCGUCUCAGUGCGUGAGUUAGAUCCAGUUUCUGGCAAGAAAGUUGACAGGUUGUAUGAGCUAUUGAAUGUUUUAGAAUUUAACAGCACCAGAAAGCGGAUGUCUGUGAUAGUAAGAGAUGAGGAGGGAAAGCUACUAUUACUUUCUAAAGGUGCUGACAGUGUCAUGUUUGAAAGGCUUGCCAAAGAUGGUAGCAGUUUUGUGGACAAGACCAGGGACCAUGUGAAUGAAUAUGCUGAUGCAGGACUAAGGACACUGAUUCUUGCAUAUCGUGAACUUGAUGAGGCAGAAUACAAAUUGUUUAAUCAAAAGUUCAGGGAGGCCAAGAAUUCAGUUAGUGCAGAUCGUGAAACAAUGCUUGAUGAAUUAACAGAAAAGGUUGAGAAGGAUCUAGUGCUUCUUGGUGCAACAGCUGUAGAGGACAAACUCCAAAAUGGGGUCCCAGAUUGCAUUGACAAGCUUGCUCAAGCUGGAAUCAAGAUCUGGGUAUUGACUGGAGACAAGAUGGAGACUGCCAUCAAUAUCGGCUAUGCUUGUAGUUUGCUUAGACAAGGAAUGAAGCAGAUCAUAAUUAAUUUGGAAAGUCCAGAAAUUGUAGCUUUGGAAAAAGCAGGAGAAAAGUCUGCACUCACCAAGGCAUCAAAGCAAAGUGUCCUCCAUCAAAUAACUGAAGGGAAGGCUCAGCUCACUGCAUCAGGUGGGAGCUCUCAAGCAUUUGCAUUGAUCAUUGAUGGGAAAUCUCUGACUUAUGCUCUUGAGGAUGACAUAAAAAAUAUGUUCUUGGAGCUUGCAAUUGGUUGUGCAUCCGUUAUUUGCUGCCGUUCAUCACCAAGACAGAAGGCACUGGUUACAAGACUAGUUAAAAAUGGUACUGGUAAAGUUACUUUAGCUAUUGGUGAUGGUGCCAAUGAUGUGGGAAUGCUUCAAGAAGCAGAUGUUGGGGUUGGAAUCAGUGGUGUUGAAGGAAUGCAGGCUGUCAUGUCAAGUGACGUUGCUAUUGCGCAGUUCCGAUAUCUGGAGCGCCUGUUACUAGUACAUGGACAUUGGUGUUAUAAAAGGAUUGCAACAAUGAUUUGCUAUUUCUUCUACAAAAACAUUGUAUUUGGUUUCUGUCUGUUCUUGUAUGAGGCACACACAACAUUCUCAGGGCAACCUGCAUUCAAUGAUUGGUACUUGUCCCUUUAUAAUAUGCUGUUCUCUUCUUCUCCGGUGGUUAUUAUGGGUAUUUUUGAACAAGAUGUAUCUGCAGCAUUGUGUGCCAAGUUCCCUGCAUUAUACCAAGAAGGGGUGCAAAAUGUCCUUUUCAGCUGGAGGAGGAUAAUUGGCUGGAUGUUAAAUGGGGUUCUCAGCGGCAUAAUGAUUUUUUUCUUCUGCGCAGGAGCGCUGCGGCAUCAGGCCUUUAAUAGUGAUGGAAAAACAGUUGGAAUUGAUAUUUUUGGUGCUACAAUGUAUACUUGCAUUGUGUGGGUUGUGAAUCUGCAGUGGGCUUUGGCAGUGAAAUACUUCACCUUUAUCCAUCAUCUUGCCAUGUGGACUUCUAUUGUUCUCUGGUACUUUUUCAUGUUCAUAUAUGGUAACGCAUCUCCAAUUAGCUCUACCACUGCAUACAAAGUCUUAGUUGAAGCACUUGCUCCUACUCCUUCUUACUGGCUUGUCACACUUUUUGUGGUGAUCGUCGCCCUCGUCCCUUACUUUUUGUACUCUGCUAUUCAGACAAGGUUCUUUCCCAUGUAUCACGAAAUUAUACAGUGGAUAAGGAAUGAGGGAAGAACAAAUGACCCUGAGUACUGCGAAAUGGUGAGGCAGAGAUCAUCUCGGCCAGCAACAGUGGGGUUUUCAGCACGUAACGCUGCAAAAACUAGUCACAUUAGGGAUAGAAAUCGAAACAACACAGGCCAAGAACUAGCCACACUAGAGACAGAAAGCAGGACCACACAAACCAGGCAGGAAGUAUGAUACUUUUUGAACCUGGAACCUGUCAACAAAACUGGGUUUUAUAGAUCUCCCCAAAGUGACUAUGCUGUAACAUAAGGAAUGGAAUUCUUCACACUAGAAAAUAUUCCCUCUGAGAAAAGAAUUCGAUUCUAGAGUGGCUGCGUUCAGCCAAACCGUAAUCUUGGACGGGUAGAAUAUUUCUUAGUAUCUAUAAUUGUUUUUUUCUUGGUUAGUUUACACCUGCAUCAUUUUGUACCUUUUUAAAUUUUUUGUUAUAUGUUGCAUUAUUUUGGAAAUAUUUUUGGAACAGUUGAAUAAGAGACUUUUUGUUGAUUUGUGUAGUCUCAGAUGUUUUGUAUAUGUAAGAAAAUGGAACCUUUCUUUCAUUA